AUGGCUGCCAAUCUACCUCCCGAGAUUCUCAGUAUGAUCUUAAACGCCUGCGCGUAUGAUAAAGAGACACUUCAUGCAUGUAUUCUGACCAAUCGAAUCUGGCACAUAGUUGCUAUUAGACAUCUUUGGGCCAGACCGUUUACGCUGUUGUACAAUAAGCGCGAAUGUUAUAUAAAAUCGAGAUUAUGCAAACGAAAAGCGGAAUCUCUUUUGACAACAUUUAUCCGAAGCAUUACUGAUGUAAAAGAGAUUAAAAAAGAUGUCAGUGUUUUGACAAAAAAGUAUGAGAAAAAGCCGCCAUUUAAUUACAACGUAUAUUUAAAAGAAAUUCACUUUUAUGAAGUUUGGUCCCUCGUAAGGGAUUGGUGUACUCCAUAUGGUGGAGAUUACGAAAGUCUUUCACUAACUAUGCGUAAUUCUGGAAAAUUGGCUGUUAAAAUCGUUUGCUUGGCUAUUCUGUAUUGCCAGCAUUUAAGGACGUUCACACUAGAAGCACCAAAGCGGCUGUCAUAUUAUCAACAAAUAAGUGAAAUUCUCAUGUCUGUAAAAAGUCUGCCGCAUUUGAGAAUUUGUGCUUUCAAGUUGUCUGGAGUGGCAAACGACAAGAUGCUCGAAUUAUUUUCAAGAUUUUCGCAUAAUUUGGAAUCGCUAUCAGUUGAUUUCCAAGACAGAUUCCUGGAGAAAUCCGCAAAGACAAGUCUUCAAAAACUAAUUCAGACGCAGCGUUAUCUAAAAACAGUUCACGUGAAACGGUUAAGCACAACCAUGGCUUCAAUAUUCGAGUUACUAAACGUAAAAUCAAAUUGUCUCGAAUCAAUUAUAUUGUUGGGAGUCAAAUUCCAAUCAGGCGAAAAUAUGCAGUUCAAACCAUCGCAGUUUCGUCGAGUGAAGAGCAUUGACUUGCGUUCAUGUAAAAUACCAAUGAUAGACACUGUGAAACCAAUGAUUGAAACUGAGUUUCCCCACUUACAAGAGCUUACUUUCAGAGGUACAGAAAUGUCAUGUGAGAUUCUGAGGAGAAUCUUGGAAAAGCAUGGGGGGAAAUUGUUUUCCGAGUAUGAAUUUCCGCAUUUAUAUAAUUUAGAAUUACAUGAUAUGAGUCACUUUGAACCUACAUCUUUAGAGAGCUUUUUGCUGAAUUCUAAACCUUCUCUUAGGUCAUUGAUAAUUGAUGAUACAUCUCGUAUUACUGAUGCACAUCUUAAGAUUUUACUCAAAUAUCUUGGUCGCUCAUUAAGGACUUUGAAAUUUAAAUUUAACGGUGAACAGACGAGCAUGAUUUCACACGUAAGCAAUGUAAUCGCUCAUUUAGAUAGCUACGUUAGUCCUAAUAUUAAUAGUGAUCUGUGUCCAGUCUGGGCAUAA